AUGGUUUGGGACAUUAAAUCACGAACCAACACAGGUGGAUUAACCGGAAGAAAGCUCCGGUGGACGGUGACAUUUAUUGCAACUAUGGGAUUUUCUCUCUUUGGUUAUGAUCAAGGAUUGAUGUCAGGUCUUAUUACUGGAGAACAAUUCAAUUCGGAAUUUCCUCCAACCAAGACUCCAACAACUGGUUCUCCUACUCAUGCGCAAACCAUUCAAGGUGCGGUGACUUCUUGUUACGAAAUUGGAUGUUUUUUCGGUGCGCUUUUUGCAUUGUUCAGAGGUGACAAGAUUGGAAGAAGACCAUUGAUCAUUGCUGGUUCUUUCAUUAUCAUCAUUGGAACUGUGAUUUCUGUGGCUUCUUUCCAUCACAGCUGGGGAUUGGGACAGUUUGUUGUUGGAAGAGUUAUUACUGGUAUUGGAAAUGGAUUGAACACAGCCACAAUUCCUGUUUGGCAAUCAGAAAUGUCCAAGUCCGAGAACAGAGGAUUAUUAGUCAAUUUUGAAGGUUCGGUGGUUGCUAUUGGUACUUUUGUGGCUUACUGGAUUGACUUUGGUCUUUCUUAUGUUCAUUCUUCGGUUCAAUGGAGAUUUCCAGUGGCUUUCCAAAUUGUAUUUGCAGCCGUUGUAUUCAUUGGUAUUCUUCCACUUCCUGAAUCUCCAAGAUGGCUUGUUGCGCACGACCGCAAGGCUGAAGCCCAGUACAUCUUGGGUGCUUUGAACGAUGUGUCUCCAGACGAUGAUGGAGUGGUGGCUGAAUUGACCCAUAUUUCCGAUUCUGUCAACAGAUUUUCCAGAUCUCAAGUUGGGUUCAAAGACUUGCUUACUGGAGGAAAGCAGCAACACUUUGCCAGAAUGCUCAUUGGAUCAUCGACUCAAUUCUUCCAGCAAUUCACUGGGUGUAACGCUGCUAUUUAUUACUCAACGGUACUUUUCGAAGACACCGUUUUGACUGGAUUGGAAACAGCAUGGAGAAGAAGAUUAUCAUUGAUUUUGGGAGGAGUUUUCGCUACUGUUUACGCCUUGUUCACUAUUCCUUCCUUCUUCUUGGUGGAUACUCUCGGAAGAAGAAGUUUGUUCUUGAUUGGAGCCACUGGUCAAGCAGUUGCUUUCACUAUUGCAUUUGGUUCAUUGGUUCAUCCUAAUCCUGAAAAUGCCAAAGGUGCUGCUGUGGGUAUCUUCAUUUUUAUCUGCUUCUUUGCCUUUACCGUUCUUCCUCUUCCAUGGAUUUACCCACCUGAAAUUAACCCUAUGAGAACAAGAACCAUUGCUACUGCUGUGUCCACUUGUACAAACUGGAUUUGCAACUUUGCUGUGGUGAUGUUCACACCUAUUUUCAUUGGUAAGUCGGGCUGGGGUUGUUACCUUUUCUUUGCUGUGCUUAACUAUUUGUGGAUUCCUAUCAUCUUUUUCUUUUACCCAGAAACCGCUGGACGUCAAUUGGAGGAAGUUGACAUUAUUUUCGCAAAGGCUCAUGCUGAUGGUACUUUCCCAUUCAGAGUUGCAGCCACUAUGCCAAAGAUGAACUUGGCCACUAUCAAGACUGAAGGUGAACAAUUGGGUCUUUACGAUGACGACUUUGAAAAGGAACAAUUUGAAACCAAAGAAUUGAUGGAACCCACUGGCUCAGGCACUGUCUCACCCGGCUCUGAUGCCGUCUUGAACAAGGUUGAUGAGAACGAUAAUAAUGUGGACAACGUUGAUAACCGAGUUUAG